AUGAACGCAACACAGGAUUGCAUCGUGCUGCUGGGCGACUCUCUCACCGAAAUUAGCUGGGCCCCGGGGGGACUGGCGCAACGUUUGGCUGAGAACUAUGUGCGCAAAUUGCAUGUCAUCAACCUCGGCCUGUCUGGAUACAAUUCGGAAUGGGCGAUCCCCGUAUUUGAACAGUUGCUAUCCAAGAAAGAGGAGCAGCAGUAUCCAUACCUCCGGCAUGCGGUCUCCCUGUCCGCAGUCCAGUCCAACCUCCGGCGCCUCGUCAACAUGGUCAAGUCCCCCGAGUCGCCGUACUACUCCCCGAGUACCCGCGUGGUGCUGAUAACGCCCCCGCCGGUGAACACGCACCAGUGGGCGGAGUUCCAGCAGUCACAGGAUCCGCCGAGGGAGCAGGACCGGGAUAACGACAAGGCCAGACAGUAUGCCGACGCGGUCAAGGAGGUCGGGGCGAUGGACGGGAUACCCGUGGUGGAUGUCUAUACGCCCCUUUGGGAAGCAGCGGGCCAGAAUGAGCGGACCCUGAGCAAGUACUUGUCGGAUGGGCUGCAUUUGAACGCCGAUGGAUACAGCUUUGUCUACGACGGGUUAUUGAAGGUUAUUGCUGACAACUACCCCGAGAUUCUUCCUGAUAAAUUGAACACUGUAUUUGAGAUCUGGGAGCCGCUCGGAGCAUCGGACAAGCCUCUGGAAAUGCUGGACAAACGGAGUAUCUUUCCGAGUGGCAAGUAG